AUGACGGACUCCGGCACACACGCUAAUACGGACAUAGGACAAGCUUUGAAAUCUCUAUGUCUACCCCCAAGCUGGCUUAAUUCCACGGGCGGCGUUGAAGACCGUUCAAGAACCAAUCUUAUAAUUAAUUAUCUUCCUCAGAGCUAUGAUCAGAGUGAUUUACAACGUCUUUUCGAGCGUCUGGGACCUAUUCGCCAAUGCAAGCUGAUUCGUGACAAGGUAAGUGGUCAUCUGUUCACACUUUUCCAGAAUACUGGGGCCAGUUUAUGCUACGGAUUUGUCGAUUAUAUAUCGCCUCAGCACGCAGCCCUCGCAAUACAGACGUAUCACGGUUAUGAGACAGAAAGCAAGCGACUGCGGGUCGCUUAUGCCAGUUCUGGUGGUCGGCGCUAUCUUUCGGGUCAGCGAACCCCUUCUGGCGAUAUAGGAAGCGUCAAUUGUGUCAACGAACCUUCUGAAAAUGUAUUGGGUUGGGAGAUUUGCGUUGCAGGAUUACCUUCAGAGGUGUCCGAAUCCGAUAUCAUGGUAAGUUAUUUUCAUUAUCGCCCUACUCUGUUAGCGCUUGUUUUCGCAUUUCGGUCGCAUUCUUUGGGUUCGCUUCCUACCAUCAGACACGAUGAAAACCGCCACUAGUGCUCUCGCCGAUCUAAACUGCAAUACUACGGAGGCAAAUUUAUUCGGUACUCGAGGCCAGAUUUCUUCUAAGGGUCCUAUGACCUCCAUCAUUUUUGAAGAGCGCUCAAGGUUCGUUGCACUUUAGUCGCUUACAUUUCUUUUCAUAGUUGUGAUACAGCAAUUGGCCGUCUAAAUGGGCUUCAGCUGCCCGAUUGUCCGACUCCCCUGUGCCUACGCCUUAUCGGUCCGGUCACCAGAGAGACUUUUGACAUGUUUUAUCUCAACUCCCGUCUUGGCAGUGAUUGUAGCAGUCUGGCUGGCUUGCAGCCUCGCCAAAUAUCCGGCGCGCAAUGCCAUUUACAAGAAAAGCUUGGCCUCCCCGGCUCCGCUUGUUCAGUCACAAACGGCAUUUUAAAAAUGAGCCAUCCGCGUUCUACACUGGAAGCUAUUGAACCAAACGAGAACGCUCUUCCAUCGCUUACAUCUUUGCAGCCGCGUCCGAUUAUACGCAAUAAAAGUAAGUUGUGUUCUCAUUUCUCCCAUGGCCUUUUACAGAAGUUUUCGUGACCCUUAAGAUGCGUUCCUCCGAACACCCCUAAAGUAGGUUGCUUCUUUAGGUGCAGUCACUUGGAUCUUGUUCGUAUAAUCAGUUUGUAGAGGCCCAGUGCACAUAUUCUUACCUUUCGCGACUGGAAGUUCGGUUUGUGCAUUUUUGUUUGCGCCUCUUUCAAUGCGUUUGCCGGUGCAACGCGGCUCGUCCAAUUCUCGCUCACUGGUCUACCUGGCAAUGGAUUGCUAGCCUAAUCCGCUUGUGUGACUCACUGGCCUCUUUCCUAGCCCAUGCACAUGACUUGAAUAUUGUCUCAACGCUGAUUUACCUACUUUCCGUCCGUCACCUGUUUACGCGCUUUCAAAUGAUUCCCCAAGUCUGACAAAUAUCUCCUUGUUCCUUUUAGCAUACACAGGAUCUAACCUACUCGAUAAUGUCGACUUUGCAGACCUUCUGGACGGAAGCGCCGUGGCCAACGGCAUUUCCCGCUCAAUUGUCGAUCGAAUUUCUUCGCCUGAUACCCAGUCGCUAUUUGCGAAGCAAGCUCAUCAGGGAAUGGAUUUAAUCGCGAAACCAGACCUAGGGUCACAAAUGUCAUGGAAUUCUGGUGCCUCUUUAAUGCCUUUGACCUCUGUUGACCAAUUUCGCAGUACACUGCGAGCGCCGGAGCUCGCUGUCCCCAAAAAGUUGUCGAUUGCAACACCUCUGCUUCUGAGCCCUCAACUUUCAGCCGCGGUGUCUACUAAAGGUGGAAGAGCGAACGUUUAUUUGAAAUUGGAGAACCUUCAACCAACUGGAUCGGUUCUGUUUCGUGGAAUGGAAUAUGCAUGCCGCAAGGUAUGACCCAGUAAACAUUCAACUCAACCCCAAUUGUUUGUUUUUCUUCUGCUUAUAUCCUUCCUCUUCUAUUUAGUUCGCGUCCCUCGGUGGUGCCCAGCACAUUGUCUGUCCAAGUACUGGAAAUGCUGGGGUUGCUGCGGCGUUUGCCGCCCAAUCUUUGGGUAUGGCAUGUACAGUUGUCACACCAGAGGGCAACGAGUCACUUACAAGGAAACGCUUGUCUAUUGAAGCGCCCUCUGCAAAGCUGGUUUCCUUUGGGUCUACUCUCUCGGAAGCCUCUCGUCGCGCCGAACAGAUGGUUAAUGACGCAAACGAACAGUUGCAACAGAUAAACGGAACUACCGAUUCUGCGGUUCGUUUUCUCCAUCCGUACGACCAAACAGAUGUCUGGGCCGGAUACGAGUCUAUUAUUGAAGAGUUGCCCGCAGGCCAGCAGCCUGACCUUAUUGUUUUGGCCGUUGGCGGCGGUGGACUUCUCUCUGGCCUAAUCCAGGGUCUUUGGAACCGCAGCUGGUCCAGCACUCACAUCUUGGCCGUAGAAACGGAGGGAGCUGACUGUCUUUCUCGCUCCGUGGCUGCUGGCCACCCCGUUGUUAUGCCCAAAUGCACCAGUGUUGCAACUUCUCUUUGCGCCCCUUCACUGUCUCUGCGCGCAUGGAGCAUGAUACAGUGUCACCCUGUGACUGCCAUCACCUGCUCCGACCUGGAAGCUGUUCAGGCCGCCCGCCGUUUCCUCGGUGAGUUUGUUUCGUUGUUUAAAUUGAAUUCAAGAGGAAUGCUUUUGCUUACCAUUAAAAGACCAAAGUAAAGAUUGUUGCGAUGCGUAGUAACUGCUGCCCGAACUGUCAGCUGGUAGUGACAUUCUUUGCCGUGUUUGGCCGUGAAUAAGUCGUUAUCUAAAAACUGCAGAUUGCCUUUCCGUUGGGUCAUACGAUUCACGUUCGCAUAUUACGAUUAAUGCGGCACACCCAGUAAGGUCGACCUUCUCUUAGCUCGACUGACAGUGAGGGUGACUAAGCAGACUAACGAGUCGAACUCCAGGUUUGCUAUAGUCUGCAGAUAGUAACGGUCGAUAUAGGCAGUUGUAACAUUCUAAGGUUUGAUGACGUCGCUUCCGAUGCACGAUCUAGGCCGCUCACUCGUGUUAUUCCUCUUUCAGUUAAGUAACCGAGCGCUGGUAAAUGUGGUGCAUCACUGCUUGCACGCAACCUGUAUCAUCUCAUAAAAAGCGACAAACGUUCCGUCCCAUCGUAGUAAAAAUGACCAGUGCGACACUUCUGACACAGACGUUUUCUAAAACAUUUCAGACGACCACGGGAUGCUUGUUGAACCCGCGUGUGGAGCGGCCCUAUCCGCCGUUUAUUCCGGCGCCAUCGCCAAACUGCAGCAGGAAAAUGUUAUUCCUCGCCCGGCAAACGUCUGCGUAAUCUUGUGUGGAGGUCGAAACACCAACCUUCAGCUACUUACAGAAUGCGAAAGGAAAUUGACAACCGGGUGUGGAGGCGGGACUGGCAUUAACAACAAUAGCAAAACCUUCGGUCUGAAACAGCUCAAUGGAUUCGGUGGACCUGAGGUUUUCUUGGCCGAUCUAACUGAGGCGCCUAUGACGGCACGUAGCAUGGAUGAGAAUAUCGAUCAGUUUUCGGACAUACCGACUUCAAGUAGUUCUACAAGUUCUGCCUCCGAUUCUGUUGUUCGCGCCUCAUCGAAGACGCACAUGGACACGGACGACCAGUCUCGUGAAUAG